AUGGCAAAGAAAAACGCUGGUGAAAACUCAAAGAAAGCGGCUGGUAACGCCAAAAAAGCUGAAAACGCCAACAAAAAGAAAGCUGAAGAAUUAGCUAGAGCUGAAGCUGACGAAGAAGAUAAAUGGGCACAAGGUUCUAAGAAAGGUAACAAAAAGAAGGAAGACGAAGCUGCUAAGAAGGCCGAAGCUGCUAAGAAGAAAGCUGAAAGAGAAGCUUUGCUAAAAGAAGAAGAAGCUUCAUUACCUUCCAAACCUGCAAACAACAAGAACAGAGGUGCCAAUAAAGUUGCCUCUAGAAGAGCUGGUAAGAUCGAUGAUUUCUUGAAUGACCAACCAGUAACUUCAGAAAUCAGUGCAUCUGGUAUUGAUGGUGUCUUGGAAGCUUUGACUUUGACUAAUAAAUCAGGUGCCGUUUCAGAUAAAGAUAUUGAUAGACAUCCAGAAAGAAGAUUUAAAGCUGCCUAUAAUGCAUUUGAAGAACGUAGAUUACCAGAAGCUAGAAAAGAAAACCCAGGUCUUAGAUUACAACAAGUUAAACAAUUGUUGUUCAAAGAGUUUGAAAAAUCACCAGAAAAUCCAUUCAAUCAAAAUACAAACAUCUCUCAUAAUGCUACUCAAGAAGAAGUUUCAGCUUUGAAAGACAAGAUCAAGAAAGAAAGAGAAGGUAAAUAUACCAAUUAG